CGCGGCCCGCGCAGUGCCUGAUGGGAAGCGGCCCGGCUACCGCCCUCCCCCUCAGCUGCGGCGGCGGCGGGAUGCGCGGGGCGUCCCGCGGCAGUUGUGAAUUCCACUAGAAGAUUGUUAAAGCUACCAAAACAAACAUAUCUUCUCAAACAAAAAAGAUGGGUGGAGUCAUUUCAAAGUGGAGGCAGGCAAAACCUUCUACUGUAGAAGUAUUGGAGAAAAUUGAUAAGGAAAUCCAAGCAUUAGAAGAAUUUAGAGAAAAAAAUCAGAGGCUGCAGAAGCUAUGGGUUGGAAGGCUACUUCUCUACUCUUCAGUUCUUUAUCUUAUUACCUGUUUAAUUGUAUAUUUGUGGUGUCUUCCUGAUGAAUGGACAGCAAGGCUGAUUAUGACGCUUCCAUUUUUUGCAUUUCCAUUGAUAAUCUGGUUUAUAAGAACACUACUCAUUUUCUUCUUUUCCAAAAGAACAGAAAAGAAUAGUGAAGCAUUAGAAGAACUAAAAUCCCAAAAAAAAAAAAUACUUGAAGAAGUAAUGGAAAAAGAAACUUACAAGACUGCUAAGCUUAUUCUUGAGAGAUUUGAUCCAGAAUCCAAGAAGGCAAAGGAGGUUGAACUGCCAUCUGCAGGAGCAUCUCCAACCCCAAGACCUGGACAAGAAAUUCGUCAGCGGACUACAGGUCAAAGGAAUGUUCUUCCACCUACUCCAUCAAGCCCUGAACAAGGAUCUCCCAAGGCCUCAGGUGUGCAGGCAACAUCUAGUGUGCAAAGGGACACUUCAGCUCCUGGUGGACCCCCAGAAAGAACUGUUGCACCAGCCUUGCAGUCAAAUGUGCUACCACGACGUCCUGGAUCCCCAACUUCAAUGCCUGGAAUGGGUCUUCAUCCUCCGGGUCCUCCUUUAGCAAGACCUAUUCUUCCUCGAGAAAGGGGAGCUUUGGAUAGAGUUAUUGAGUAUUUAGUUGGUGAUGGUCCACAGAACAGGUAUGCCCUUAUAUGUCAGCAGUGUUUCUCUCAUAAUGGUAUGGCUCUGAAGGAGGAAUUUGAAUACAUUGCAUUUAGGUGUGCCUACUGUUUUUUCCUGAAUCCUGCAAGAAAAACUAGACCUCAGGCUCCACGACUUCCAGACAUAAGUUUUGAAAAGAAGCAGCCUGCAGAAUUGCAGACUACCCCUGGAACUUUGCAUUCUGGAGGGGUAAAAGAACAAGAAAAUCAAGAGAUUGAAGAACCUGAAGUUACACACAUUAUUGAGACAGACCAGAUAGAAGCCACAGCAUCAGCUACUGAGCAGCAAGAAGACAAGUCAGCUGAAGAGCUUGAGAAAGACGAGAUGGAUAAUGAAACAGAAUCAGCAUUUAUUCAGUCUGAUUCUGCUGCUCCAGCUGAACAAAGUGAAGAGUCUGUCAUAGAAGCAGAAUAAUGCUUCAAGUGCCUUCUGUAGCUAGUUUUAGCUUUGUUCAUGCCUGUUGUUACUCUUCAGGUGGGCUUUUUUAAAACAGAAUGAUUUAAAAUCUCACUUGAGCUCAAACUGCCUCACUACCACAGUAUGUCAAAGCUUAUGUGGACUACUGGGUACUGUAAAUUAAAUGUGUACUCUUUUUUUCAGUGAGCUAAUGCACUGCAGAAUGUACAGUUGGUUGAAGUCUAACACAGUCAUAGGUAGCCUUGGUUCUAUUUUGCAUAUUUAAAACGAAGUAUUUCUGGUUCCCAUAUAGGUGACCUGAAAACUAGUGUCCCUUUUUGGUUCUUAAACCUAGAACUUCAAUAAUAAUUGGCAAUGACUUGUCUAGUGGAGUUUUGGUUUAGUGAACUUUUAAGACUUGUAUGCUUACUUAUUAAAAUGGAUUGAAUGAAUUUUAAGUGUCUAGAUGUUUACAGGCUUAACAUGUCUAUAGGCAUUCAGCUUAAGCAGUAUGAAAGUGUCAUUAUAACUAACAACUUUGUCAUUUGUCUGUUUCUGACAGAGUAUGGUUAAAUGGCAUUAGGAUAUAUAUUUCUUGGCUUCUCUGCAAUGCAGGCAAUGCCAAAGGCACGAGAACUAGUUUGUGUUUACAUAAAAUAUAGGAAGUCUCCGCACUUGAUUGUACUUGAAUACUAAGCACUAUUUAUACAUGUACAAUAAUGACAAUAUUUUCAGUGAAUUUUGUGCCUUUGUGUACUUUGUUAAAGGAAAAUAAAGACUAUCUAGCAGCAGUG